GGGGGCGCCGAACGGGCACUGGCAGGAGGCAGUGCGGCUCUCUGCUACUCGCAUACUCGCGCGGCGAUCUCUCUCGGCCUCUCCUCUUUGAUUCCUGGGCUCGAGCUCGCGCGGCGCUCAGCACCAUGGACACCCCACGCCAGGUGGCCAACUUCGGCCCGGGACCCGCCAAACUGCCCCGCUCCGUAUUGCUAGAAGCACAAAAAGAGUUGUUAGACUACAAAGGACUUGGAAUUAGUGUUCUUGAAAUGAGCCAUAGAUCGUCUGAUUUUGCUAAAAUUGUAAAAACAACAGAGAAUCUGGUACGGGAAUUACUAAAUGUUCCUGACAACUACAAGGUGAUUUUUGUGCAAGGAGGUGGAACUGGCCAGUUUAGUGCCGUCCCCUUAAACUUGAUUGGACUCAAAGAAGGAAGGUAUGCUGAUUAUGUAGUGACCGGCGCUUGGUCUGCCAAGGCAGCUGAAGAGGCCAAAAAGUUUGCUACUGUCAACAUCAUUCAUCCCAAACUUGAGAGUUAUACAAAGAUUCCUGAUCCAAGCACAUGGAACCUCAACCCAGAUGCAUCCUAUGUGUAUUACUGUGCAAAUGAGACUAUCCAUGGUGUGGAGUUUGAUUUUGUACCUGAUGUCAAAGGAGCAGUUUUGGUCUGUGACAUGUCCUCAGACUUCCUAUCCAAGCCAGUGGAUGUUUCUAAGUUUGGCGUGAUUUUUGCCGGUGCUCAGAAGAAUGUUGGUUCCGCUGGGGUUACCGUGGUGAUAGUGAGGGAAGACUUACUGGGAUUUGCGCUGAAAGAAUGCCCAUCUGUGUUAGACUACAAAGUCCAAGCUGGGAACAACUCCUUAUAUAACACUCCUCCAUGCUUCAGCAUCUACAUCAUGGGCUUGGUCCUGGAAUGGAUUAAGAACAAUGGUGGUGCUAAGGCUAUGGAGGAACUUAGCCUAAUGAAAUCUCAAAUGAUUUACAACAUCAUCGAUGAAUCCCAAGGAUUUUAUGUAUGCCCAGUGGAGAAACAGAGCAGAAGUAAAAUGAACAUCCCUUUCCGUAUUGGUAGUGUUAAGGGAGAUGAGCAUUUGGAAAAGAAGUUUCUGGAGAAAGCUCUGGACCUUGACAUGAUCUCUUUGAAAGGGCAUAGGUCUGUUGGAGGAAUUCGUGCUUCUCUGUACAAUGCAGUCACCAUGGAAGAUGUUCAGAAGCUGGCUGCAUUUAUGAAGACCUUUAUGGAAAUGCAUAGGCUGUGAAUACUUUGGUGCCAGUUUAUAUACUGCCUAUUUAAAAUUGGGCAGCCUAUUAAAAUAAUUGUGGCCUACAUAGAUAUAAGCAUUUAACGAAUUAAGUUAUUUUCCUGGUAAACAAACCUACUAUAACUCUUAAAAAAAUAACAAAACUGUUACAAGAUAGUUUGCUACUGCAAAGCCAAUGACAGCUGCCAUCUCCAUUCUGACUAGUACUGUAAAACUUUUAAAGCUAUACUUCCUAUGUUUUAUUCGAGGUUCACUUUUCUCCUUUCCUGUUGCUUUUUUUUCCUUGCUAGAUCUUAGUAUGCAAAUUUGACUGCGUGCUGAAUUCAGUUUUUUGAAUAUCCUGGCUUCUAUAGGGACACACAUCAAUGGUGGAAGGGACCAGACACUUCCUGGGGUGCCAAGGAUACUGUAGACCAGAGUCAACGAACUAUAGGCCAAAUCUGGCCUUCUCCCUGUUUUUUACAGCAGGCUAGCUAAGAACGUUUUUUACAUUUUCACAUACAAUAAAACUUUAUCUUAAAAUAGAAGAGCCAUUCUUAGCUUCCAGGCUGGCAGGCCAGAUUUGGCCUGCAGGCCAUAGCCUGGGCUUCACUGAUGGUCUGCUUCCAUUUAUUUAAGUCUAAACUUCAUCACUGGUUGUGAGCUCAAAGACUCAAGGCCCAAGGCAAACCUUUGUGUACUAUAUAUUCUCUUAAAGAGACAAAACUGAUAUGACUGUUUCUAUUAAGGUCUAUUUUUAAUAUCAUACUAUUUUUCUCUAUGCAUUUAUAUUUCAAGUAACAGUUCUUUGUAGUAUACGUCAAUACUUUAAUGUACACUCAUAGUCACAGUUGUUAUGCAAGAAGCCUUAUUCAGUAUAUUAACAAGGGGUUAUGGUGUGUUGGCAGUUUUGUGUAUUUUUUUUUUCUGCUUCUCUUCUCAGACAGGAGGAUUUGCAGUUUUCCCUAACACCUUUCCUGCCAGUUAAGUUCAAACCAGAACCUUUAUUAAAAUACCAUGAACCUUUAUUCCUUUAGCUCUUCACUUUUCUCUUCUUGAUGGGUCAACACUCUGACUUCUGGAGAUUUGCUUGGUGAAGAACCUUUUCCUCCUCUUUUAACUGUGUCGAUCAGUAUAUGAUACUGAACAUAUUAAACCACAUUGAAAGUAUUAAAACUUGUCCCUCUUAUAAA